CCGGACUGGGACGGCCAAUUAACCCGCUGUUCGGUCAAUUGACUUCGUUUGAACUGACAUUCUGUCCCAUCUGAAUUAUCAUCUUUGAUGAUUGUAUAGCUGGGAAACAAUGCAGAAGUGCCGCGCCGUGCAAGGCGCGCUUGGCUCGAAAGCCUUCCGCCCUUCUCCCACUUCGUCCUCUCGUCUGCAGCCGUAUACCCAAAAACGAAAUGUACAAGAUGUUUUUAUUACUCGGACAGGAACUCCAAUUAUAAAAGUGCAGGGUGGACGGUCAUCGCUUGGAGGUCAUACUGCUACUGUCUUCGGUGCUACGGGUUUCUUGGGCCGUUAUAUCGUCAACAGACUAGCCAGGCAAGGAUGCACGGUCAUUGUUCCUUACCGGGAGGAGAUGGCAAAACGUCACCUCAAAGUUACUGGCGACCUUGGGCGCGUUGUCUUUAUGGAAUACGACCUGCGAAACACACAAUCAAUUGAAGAGAGUGUGCGCCAUUCAGAUGUUGUGUACAAUCUAGUUGGACGAGACUACCCAACAAAAAACUUUACACUCGAAGAUGUCCAUGUUGAAGGCACCGAAAGAAUAGCGGAGUCUGUUGCAAAAUAUGACGUCGAUCGUUAUAUCCACGUUUCGUCCUACAAUGCUGACCUGAACUCUCCAUCCGAAUUCUUCCGUACCAAGGCGCAAGGUGAAAAUGCCGCCCGCGAAAUCUUCCCAGAAACUACCAUUGUCCGCCCAGCUCCGAUGUUUGGAUUUGAGGACAGAUUGCUCCACAAACUUGCCGGGAUCACUAACAUUUUCACCUCCAAUCACAUGCAGGAGAGAUAUUGGCCUGUUCAUGCGAUUGAUGUCGCUCAUGCCUUGGAGCGUAUGCUUCUUGAGGAAUGGACCGCAUCCCAAACGUUUGAGCUCUACGGGCCCACCAACUACUCUACCGCAGAGAUCUCGGAAAUCGUUGACCGUGAAAUUAUCAAGACUCGCCGCCGUAUCAAUGUUCCAAAAGCUAUGUUGAAGCCCGCCGCCUAUUGGCUUAAUAGGCUGAUUUGGUGGCCAACAAUCUCUGCCGAUGAAGUCGAAAGGGAGUUCCUCGAUCAGGAAAUCGAUCCUAAUGCAAAGACAUUCAAGGACCUAGGAAUUGAACCAGCGGAGCUCUCCAACCUCACCUUCCAUUACCUGCGAGGGUACAGAAGCGACAAGUACUCGGACCUUCCGCCAGCCUCGGAACGGGAGCGAUUGGAGGAGAAGAAAUAUCUCCACGUGCUGGAUGACCAAUAAAUUAUUUCGGUUUACAGACAUUGUAUAUACAUACCUAGACACA